UGAUAACAUCAUACUAGAGCAAAUGAUAUGUAAGGAAAUUCAGAAUAGAGCCAGUGAAGAAUAAAGGUGGCAUAGGCACAAUCAGAGAAAGAACACUGUAUGAACAUCAGAGGCCCAUGGUUGUUCAAUAUCCUUCCAGCAAAUAUAAAAAAUAUUGCCAGAACAUAAGUGGAAUCUUCAAGACAAAACUGGACAGUUUACUGCAAUAAGUGCUGGAUAAGCCAGGCAGUAGUGAAUAUGUGGGCCUGUGGGUUGCUCCAAGCAACAUUCUGUUGAACCAAGCCCUCACAAGUCAAGCUUGGCCCCAGGCCAGGCUUAGGGAGUAGAAGAACUCAGGGAACCAUAUCCAGAGCAAAAUGAAUCGUGGGAAGAUAUCUUUCGGAAAAAUUGGGUUCAGCUUGGGUAGCACAAAACCCAUCAGUGAACUGUCAACAACACCAUGCACAGCUGAAGAUGCUGAGGAGCAGACAGCAAGUAUUACAGGAUUUGGGUCUUUUGGCAAAAUCCAGCCAGAGAAGAAUGUCAAAAACGACAAGGAAGAAAAUGACAAGGAAGAAAAUGAAGAGGAAAUGGCAAACACCAUGGGAUUCUCUGGCUUCGGCAAGAAGGCAAGGGAUUUUGACAUCAGCCAGUUGGCAGAGGAGACUCGUAAAGCUGCCAUUGAAAGAAACAGAAACAACAUUGAAAAACUGAAACUUCAAUUGGAAGCCAAGCAAGUAGACAAUAAGGGUAAGGCAGAUGACUUGCCCUUGUCAAAAGAUUCAACACCAUCUUCUCUGUCAAUAAGAAAUGACGAUAGCAGUGAAGAUGAGGACUUUAUUGGACCACCGCUUCCUCCCAGUUUAAGCAUGCCUAAGGCAAGUGAAGAUGAUGAGAGCGAUGAUGAAGAAGAGUAUAAAAUUCCUGUUACUCAUGAACUGGUUCUGGAACAUGGCACAAAAACAGUGUCCGGGCUCUCUGUUGAUCCAUCAGGUACUAGACUUGUCACAGGAGGUCUGGAUUAUGAUGUGAGGUAUUGGGAUUUUCAAGGCAUGGAUCAAGCACGAGAAGCAUUUAGAUCCUUUUGUCCUUCUGAUGGCUACCCAGUCAAUAGUGUUGAAUACAGUUGUACCGGUGAUAAAGUUUUGGUUGUUCCUGGAUCUGCACAGGCUAAAGUCUAUGACAGAGAUGGCAUAGAAUUAUUUGAGUGCGCCAGGGGUGAUAUGUACUUGCACGAUAUGGCAAAAACAAAAGGGCACGUUGCAGGAUUAACUUGUGGUGCAUGGCAUCCAAAGGAUAAGGAAGAAUUUAUGACAUCUGCAAGAGAUGGCACUUGCCGUUUGUGGCACACAAGUCAACCACACUCUCAGAAGAAUGUUAUCAAAGCACGAGCAUUAAAUGGCCUGAAAACUGUACCAACUACUUGUGCCUUCAGCAAAGAUGGGUUGUUGGUAGCAUGUGCAUGCGACGAUGGCUCCAUACAAAUGUGGGAUCACCGCAAGAAUUUUGUUAAUGUGACAUUAAAUAUAAAAAAUGCCCACACAAGAGGAAGUGACACUUCACGAUUAGUAUUUGCUUACGACAACAAAGGUUUUGCCACAAGGGGAGGCGAUGAUACUCUAAAAUUAUGGGAUAUGCGUAAUACAAAACAAGCCGUACACAUUGCCAACGAUCUUUAUAAUAGAUUUGGAAUGACUGACUGUGUAUUUAGUCCAAACGACCAGAUUUUAGUAACUGGAACUUCUCUGAACAGAGGGGAAACUUCGGGGAAAUUAUUAAUGUAUAAUCGGAAUACUUGGGAAAUUGUGAAAGAGCUAGAAGUUGGAACAAGUCAUAUUGUGAAAAUAAUUUGGCACCCUAGAUUAAACCAGAUUAUGCUUGGUUGUGGAGAUGGCAAGGUACGACUUCUUUAUGAACCUAAAGUUUCACAUAAUGGUGCAAUUUUAGUUGUCGGUAAGCACAGGAAGCGUUCCAAGCAGGCUGAAGUGGUAGUGUCCCAGCAAGUUAUUACACCACAUGCAUUGCCAAUGUUCCGUGAAGAGAGACACAAGUCUACACGGAAAUUAGAAGAAAGAGACAGGAAAGAUCCUGUAAAGUCCCGCCAACCAGACUUACCUGUUGGAAAAGCCGGGUCAGGAGGACGUGUUUCAGCCGGUGGAUCAACACUCUCAUCAUAUAUCAUUCGUAAUAUGGGUCUUCGUAAUAAGGUACAUGAAGAAGGUGACCCAAGAGAAGCCUUAUUGAAGUAUGCCAAGGAUGCAGAAGAAAACCCAUACUGGGUUACUCCAGCAUACACAAAAAAUCAACCCAAACCAGUUUUCCAAGAUGAAAAGGAGACCAAAGUGGAGGAAAUUGAAGAACCAGCCACAAAAAAGAUAAAAUCUGAUUAGAAGUAUUUGUUUGCCCUCAUUUCUUGUAACGUACAAACUAAUGUGGGAUGUGUGGGCAUAUGUAGUAUUUUUAAUUCAGUGUGUAAAUUCUUAUAAAUUUAUGCUUUUAAUAAAAGAUUAAUAAUCAUUA